UCUACAGCCAUACCUGACUCUCCCAUUAAUGCUCUCUCAUGGAGUAUCAAAGUCACUUCGCCCCUCUCUGAACCUUCAAAAAGAAAUCACUCUUUUGAACCCCACACAACCGCCCAUACGCAUACAUGGGCAAGAAAAUGAAGCUUAUUCCCUUUCUUCUCAAAACCUUAGAACCAAGGUCGUCUUCUUCCUCCUGGUCUUGGCCUUCUUGUCACCAUCCCAGAACCCUCUCUUUCCGAGCCUCCUCCUCCGACUUCUUCAAAACCAUCAACUCCGCCUACCUCGACCUCCCCGACGACGAUGCACCCGAUCCAAUCGAGGCCAUGAUUCGCGGCGGGUUGAGAUCAUCGGAUCGUUUGUUCUUUGAGCCAGACCCAACCAGCUCCAUAUUAGAGGCUAAAUCAGCGACAACCUCGACAUACAAAGACACCCUCGUAUUGUCCAUGGAAUCCCAGGAUCCCUUCGUGGAUUUUCGCAAAUCAAUGGAGGAGAUGGUGGAGGCUCACGAAGUUAAGGACUGGGACAGUCUCGAGGAGCUCUUGUGUUGGUAUCUGAGGGUCAACGCUAAGAGCAAUCACGGCUAUAUCAUGGGUGCUUUCGUUGAUUUAUUGCUCGCUCUUUCUUUGUCUUCUGAAUCUUCUUCCCCAUCUUCUGCUUCUUCUCACUCCCCCUCUUCUCCUCUCUCUUUGUAUACUUCUUCUUCCCCCUCUUCUUCUUUUACUACUCCUUGUGCUUCGUGUUUGGAAGUUGAGGAAGAUGUUAGAGCGAAGCAGGAGAUUAAACAUGAAGAUGAGGCCUCCUCUUCUUCAGCUGUUUGAAUAUUUAAUUUCAAAUGCUGCGAGAGUUGUAUGUACACCUUAUUACAAGACUUUUUGGAAUUUUGAUCCAAGGCGUUCAUAUCUGCGGUGUGUUUUUGUUGUUCAUACGGGUGAGUCACACCUAUGGCGAAAAUGUUGGGGCGAAAUUAAAUUUCGGUUUAAUCUUAUUCUUUUAAUUCCU